AUUCUAACAAUGUCAAUAAUAACAAGUAUUGCAUACACCGCCUUGUUGGCUUCUGCCGCGAUAGCAGCGCCUGCUGCAAUUGUACGCAGGGACUCGUCGUCAUCACAAAUAUGCAAUUUAGCAUGGUCUAAUUCUGGAAUGCAGGCGAACACAGACUGCACUGGUGCAGAUGUACUGUUCGCAGAUCCCUUGAUACCAGACCCUCGCGUAGAUGCGCAACGUGCAAACCCCACUGGUGAACUCAUGGCUUACCUGAGUGUGGCAACUGUUAAUCCAUUAUAUGCACCGGAUCCAAGGUUGCUCAACUACCAGUGGCAACAGAAUUUGGAUGUAAAUUCAGAAGGGGAACUCUGGGGGGACUAUUGGUUCAAUCCUGACGAUUUGAACGACAAAAUUCUUCCGAUUAUGAAGGACAUAAUUACGAGCUACAAGGCACUUAACUUUACGGCGAUUAGCUCGGAUAAUGCAAAACCAUCCACAGCUGUAACAGAGAAUGACGCGCAAGCUAAAGCAUACUAUGAUGCUGAUCGUAUAGACCCUCGAUACGUCGAGUAUAUGCAAAAUAUUGUGGACUUUGCACACAGUAUAGACAUGAAGGUAGCUCUAAAGAAUCCGAGUUACUAUGUUAAUGAACCAACGAUUAUCGACGAGUUUGAUGCAUAUAUUGUGGAAUCGCUAUUUAACUGGUACCCAUGGGAUAUCGAUGUUUAUGGCUCGCUCCCAUACGGUCCGAAGCCGUUCUGGAUCUUCCAAUAUCCGGGUGAAAAUGGUUUAACCAAUCAAGAACUUCACGACCGCAUGGUGGAUCGUCAAGUGCGCGAGGUCUACAUGGACUCGACAGACGGCUAUGUCCGGUAUUAUGCGUAUUAAGAUUCGACUUCAUGAUUUAUUAGAACCCUCUAAGUAAAUUUUCUGUUUUAUAUAUAUAAUAAUAUAGUUGAAAACAAUGGCUGUCAACUCCAAAAGCAAUAUAAACUGUAUUAAAUGUAAGUAGCUAGUCACUUUCCACAUCGCAUUGUAGCAAGUCAGUUUUCACAUCGUAUCGUAGCAAGUCACUUU